AGGUGGCCACAGUGGAUGCUCUGACCUUGUGCAGUGCAGGCGAUGCCUUGGCGCAACUCUUCCUGCAGGAGAAGGACAGCAAGAGCGCGCAGAGCGAAUUGGGCCAUGCCAUUCAGCGCCUGGAACGUGAGUUGCAGAGCUCCUCUGGACCCCAAGCAAGGCUGGACCCGCAAAUCGCUGGUGCCUUGUCCUUUGAUCCGCCGUCCCUGCGGCCUCCCGGCUUCGCUCUCUUUGCCGCCGAAGGCGUGCAGGUUGAGGAUGAGCCCGGCUCCCCCCCGGCCUCACCGGUGGCCUCGCCUCCCGGCUCGCCCAACUCGAGGGCAUCCAAGGCGGAAAGUGAGAAACCACCAGCAGAAG